CUUCGAAGCAGGGGAGCCCAGAUAGAAUGCCCAUGUUCGUCUUCUUCUUGGGUGUUGUAAACGGGACACACCCCCUAAGCUUGACACCAUCUAAACCAGGAGAGCUGUGGGUAGUCAGUACAAGGCACAGGCAGUCCAAACCAGUCGCUUCCACCCAAGGUGGCAGACGUCAAGAGUGAAAACAUUGACGAGGUGGCUACAAUCUCAGAUCACCACCAUGGGGGCUGCCAUCUCUCGGUGGAGGGCCAAACCUUCCACUGUGGAGAUUUUGGAGGGAAUAGAUAAGGACAUUCAGCUUUAUGAGGAGCAUGGUGAAAAAUACCAAAGGCAGCUGAAGAUUUGGCUGGGCCGACUGCUUUUGUACUCUGCUCUCCUCUACCUGAUCACUUGUGCAGUGGUGUAUUGCUGGUACCUGCCAGAACAGCUCAUGGGGCGCUUUAUUCUCGCGCUUCCCUUUAUCAUAUUUCCUUUUUUAGUGUGGUUACUUCGAAAAAUCCUGAUCGUAAUAUUUUCACGAAGAACUGAAAGGAAUAAUGAAAAACUGGAGACUCUUAAAGUGCAAAAGAAGAAAAUACUCGAAGACGUGAUGGAAACGGAGACGUAUAAAAAUGCCAAAAUGAUUCUGGAAAGAUUCGAUCCUGAUUCUAAGCGGCGAAUGGAACUUGAAUCAACUCCACUCGGACCCCAGAUGACGCCAAAACCAGGCCAAGAGCUUCGCCAGCGCAAUGUCAUCCCCAAAACCCCGGUGGCGGUGAAUCCUGCGAGCGCCGUCGUCGCAAGCCGCCCUCCUCUUUCGGGCGGGCCCACCAACCCUGGACGAUCUUCCCACUCGGCCCCAGGAGGACCCCCAGAGAGGGGCCUGUCGACAGCGGCCUCUCAGGAGAGUUUGAUGAGGAAGCCCGUGACCCUCGGAACACCUGCUCCAGGAUUUGGGAUGCACCCCCCAGGCCCACCUCUGGCCAGACCAGUGCUUCCAAGGGACAGAGGGACGAUGGACAGAGUCAUCGAAUACCUUGUUGGAGAUGGCCCACAAAAUAGAUUCGCUCUCAUAUGCCAGCAGUGUCUAUCCCACAAUGGCAUGGCGUUAAAAGAGGAAUUUGAAUACGUCGCCUUCCGAUGCGCAUAUUGUUAUUUCCUCAACCCUGCCAGAAAGACCAGACCCCAAGCACCCAGGCCCCCCGAGUUUACUGGUGAGCUCAAGAUGUGUUCGGCGGCACCGUCCUCAUCGUCCAGCGCUGUUGAAGACUCCCCGCAACCUGGUAAAGGGGACACAAAACAUGCAACACCCCCAACCCCUCCGGGGUCCAGUCCCGAGCCUGACCACAAAAGCACUCCCCAGUCACACGACGAGACAUCUGAGAAAUCUGACGGAGAGCAAGAUUUGUCUGCCAUGGAGGUGGAAUAAAGAAAACACAUUUCACAUCAUCUGGAACUUGGAUGAAAUAGAUUUCAUGAGUAUGGACGUAUUUUGGAGCAGCGCGGUCCCCACCAUGUCUUAACUGUGCGUUUGAAUGUAGUCAGCCCUUUGCUUUGGCAAGCAUUUUUUAUAGUAGAGAGGAAUUGUUUGGCACUGGCACCUGAUAGGAAACUCCUCAACAACCAGUUUUCAUAACCGACUCCUUUCUGAUGCUCUGUAGUUUGUCAUGCCGCAUUGUACUUGUUUGCUCCUGUAUUUGACGACACGUCUUAAUAGGAAACUGUUAAUGAAACCCAUAUUUAUUCAUAAGAGUCAUUUACUGCUGUGCCCUCACCAUUUGUUGACUCAGGGGGCGCUGUGGAGCAAAGUGGCGCAACAACACGUUUACACGAGACGGUACAAAGUGUACAAUUAAAAUGCACUUGCAAUAUGUAUUUAUUUCUCCGGACAGGGAAGGGAGAUUAACGUUGGUACUGUGCACCUGCUGGACGUGCCUUUUAUAUUUUAAAUUGAUUCCUCUAGAGUAUUUUUGAUGCAACCUAUUUACAUUUUGAUGAUCCCUUAAACUGUUUUUCACUCAAGCGAGUGAGAAUGUUUGCUGUGAAUGUGUCAGUUUAAGUAUAAAUGCAGUAUUAAAAUUUAACUGUGAGAACAA